GCGCAGGCCGACAGGGAAGUGGUAGGCGUUCCUCAGUGUUGCUUCGCUGACUGUUGAUGCUGUGAAGAUUUUUCUCCUUCACGACCAGCUCUUCCGAUGUUUCUUCCUACACUUGUGGAGGACAUGCAUCAUUUUAAGCCUAGUCGAGACAGACUGUACACCACCAGGUGUUGUGGAUGUUGCCAUGUCCGGACGGGGACCAUCAUCCUGGGUACAUGGUACAUGGUAGUGAACCUGUUAAUGGGCAUCCUGCUGACUGUAGCAGUGACCCACCCAGAGAACGUGCCCACCAUUGACUUGCAGUAUGAGGUCAUCGACCAUUACUUUGCCUCUGACAGGAUGUCUGAGAAUGCCUGUGUUGGAUUUGCCAUCUCUCUGCUGAUGCUCACUAUCAGUGCCAUGAUGGUGUAUGGAGCCAUUACUCAUCGUGACGGCUGGCUCAUCCCGUUUUUCUGCUACCAGCUGUUUGACUUUGCUCUGAGCUGCCUGGUGGCCAUCAGUUCUCUCACCUACCUACCCAGGAUCAAGGACUACCUGGACCAGCUGCCGGAUUUCCCGUAUAAAGACAACCUCCUCUCUCUGGACUCCAGCUGUCUGCUGCUCUUUGUACUGGUCUUCUUUGCCUUUCUCAUCAUCCUCAAGUCUUACUUGAUCAACUGUGUGUGGAACUGCUACAAGUACAUCAACAACAGGAACAUGCCAGAGAUUGCUGUCUACCCUGCCUUUGAGACCCCUCCCCAGUACAUCCUGCCCACUUACGAGAUGGCAAUGAAGAUGCCAGAGAAGGAACCACCUCCCCCUUACAUGCCUGCUUAAGCACCAGCCCUGUUGCCAAAACACACAAACAUACAUGCACACAUACGCACGCGCGCACACACACACACACACACACCACCAUAUGCAUUCCUACCUUCCUUCACUAACCCUUUCUGAACACCAUUACGCCCUUACACCCCCCCCUCCCCACAUGACCAACUGUGUUAUGUGUAAGGCCACUGAAAAUGUUUUGUUUAACCUUACCCACUGUAUUUCUACAGAGUGUCUAUAUAUCCUGGAGGUGUGAGAGGAGAAAGGUGGGAAAGACUGUGAAAUGACUGAAUGAAUGGAAUGUUUAAAAGGCAACGGAAGCUACCAGCCCUCCCCUCCUGGCCUUUUUUAUGUCUUAGUGAAAGGGAUAUAUGUGAAAAUUUAAUUGCUUGAAAUGCUAUCAUCAAUCCAGCACCAUCCUAUCUAUAAAUUGAUAUAUAAAGUGUGGGAAAAAAAACUAUUAUGACAAUCCGCUUAUUAUAGCCCUUAUUGUUGAAUUGUGUUUCUUUACCCUCUAAUUGUUAACAUAUAGACUAUUCCAACUCAGUCUUGAAUGGCGUCUGUAGCACUUCUUUUUGUCUGUUAUUUAUUUAGCUUUGCUGUGGUUCAGUUCACCGCCACCCCUGACGAUUUGUUCACUCUCUGCUAUCCUGAUGUGUUAGCAAAGCUAGUGAAUAGACUGAGAGACAGCAGAGGGCACACAUGAUGGAUCAUUUCCUCUGCUUCUUUCUCACCUGACAUCUGGAGCAAACUUGCUAGUCGUGUGAACGUUAGUAGUUGCAUGCUUAUCGGCAACCCCCACCCCCCAUUACUUUACUGGUAAUAUGAUUUUAUCCUUGUGGAAAAAGCAUUUGACUUCAUUAAACGUUUCAGACCAUUGA